GGGAGAAGGGGUGCUCUGGCCGAGUGGAGGUGUGGCACCGCGGCUCCUGGGGGACGGUGUGUGACGACUCUUGGGACAUGCGGGAUGCCGAGGUGGCAUGCAGGCAGCUGGGCUGUGGCCCUGCGGUGUCUGCCCUGGCCGAGGCUGCAUUUGGGGAGGGGAGCGGCCCCAUCUGGCUGGAGCAGGUGGAGUGCCGGGAGACAGAGCCAUCUCUGCAGGACUGCUGGGCCUGGCCUGGGGACAGCGGUGCCUGCCGCCAUAAGGAGGACGCGGCCGUGACCUGCUCAGAUGCACCCAGGACAGCAGCACCAACCCCUCCAGCAGAUCCCCUGCGGGGCCGUCUGACCAGCAGCGGGAGAGUCUCCUUGCCCGUCAUCAUGUGCAUCAUCCUGGGAGCCCUUGUCUGCCUGCUCCUGGCCCUCCUGGCUGGGCAAGUGCGAAGCGCCAGGGCUGGGCGCAGAGGCUCUGAGAGAGCUCAGGAGCCCUUCCCUGAGGCCGUGUACGAGGAGAUCGGUUCCAGCCCAGCAUGGCAGAAGCAGGCAAGGUUCAGCGGCUCAGGCUCCUAUUCAGAGGGGUCCCUGAGCAAGCUGCAGCCCUACCCCGGGGACAGCGAGGAGGAGGAUGGUCCAUGGCCAGCACCAGAUGUCCCUGUCCUGCCUGGAGGUGACCCAGCUGAUGGCUAUGACGAUGCCAGGGAGGUUUCUGACCCUGGGGAGGAUCCUUCCCCUGGGCAGGAAGACUGGGAAAUGCCCAGGGUGGCAGAGGAAGGAUCUGGACCCACGCAUACCCUUGGAGGGCCAAACCUGCUCUCCCAGAGAGGUGCUGGUGCCCCUGGAGCUGAGGGGGAUGGCUGGUCCCUGUCCCCAGAGAGCACGGGCUAUGACGAUGCUGAAGAGGUGUCUGUGGCACAUCCCCCUGAGGACACAGAGGCUGUGACACCGGAGCUCAGUGCACAACGGUCCCUGAGCCCUGGGCCAGGAGAGCCCGUCCCUGCACUCCGCCAUGAUGCCAGCGGGCGGUGGGGCAACGACCACUCAAGGCGGAAACUGGACCCACUUCCGGCGCAGGGGAUGAUGGGAGAUGGAGUACGGCCCUGUGCGGACCAGCCAUCCCAGUACGGGCCAGUGAUCCCAUACUCCCUGUGCGCUCCCAGUGCUCGCAAUAUGAACCCGUGA